AAAACCAUAUUUAACGAGAAGAGAUUCAGUAUUUUCUUCCAAUUUCAAUUCAAGUACACAAGUUAAUCCAAGCUAUGGCGGUCGCCAAUUACCCCGUUGCUCGCUCAACGGACGCCGGAAUCCCACUUCUAUAUGACGCCGUUGAUGGCUGCGUUGACUACAAAGGCCGCCCUGUCCUCCGAUCCAGCUCCGGCGGCUGGAGGUCUGCAUCUUUCAUCAUAGGUGUUGAAGUUGCUGAGAGGUUUGCUUAUUAUGGAAUCGCCUCCAAUCUUAUCACCUUCUUAACGGGGCCGCUCGGUCAGUCCACCGCCUCGGCGGCUGCAAACGUCAACGCCUGGUCUGGUGUGGCGUCGCUUCUGCCUCUUCUGGGAGCAUUUAUAGCAGAUUCAUUCCUUGGCCGUUACCGCACCAUAGUUGUUGCUUCUCUUAUCUAUAUCAUAGGAUUAGGUUUGCUUACUUUGUCAGCUACUAUUUCUUUUGAUGCCACUUCUGGCUGCCUUAACAGCAAUGAUAUCACAUCAUGUGCCUCACGUUCGUUCCAAGUAGUCUUAUUUUUCUUCUCACUAUAUCUAGUAGCAGUUGGGCAAGGUGGACACAAACCAUGUGUUCAAGCUUUUGGUGCAGAUCAGUUUGAUGGAGAACACCCUGAGGAGUGCAAGGCAAAGAGUUCAUUCUUUAAUUGGUGGUAUUUUUGUAUGUGUGGUGGCACCUUAUUAACCCUUUGGAUCUUAAAUUACAUCCAAGACAAUCUUAGUUGGGCUCUUGGAUUUGGAGUCCCCUGCAUAGCAAUGGCAGUUGCACUGUUUGUUUUCUUGGCUGGAACAAAGUCUUACCGGUAUAGUCAGAAAGGGAAUGAGAAGAGCCCAUUUGUGAGAAUAGGUCGGGUAUUUAUUGUGGCAGCCAGGAAUUGGCAAACGUCAUCUUCAGCAUUAGCUGCUAAAGAAGAGGCUUGUGGAACUCUACCUAAUGAAGGUUCCCAGCAAUUCAAUUUCCUGAACAAAGCUUUGCUUGCACCUGAUGGUUCUGAGGAAUAUGGGAGGGUUUGCACCAUUGGGGAGGUUGAAGAAGCAAAGGCUGUACUAAGGCUUGUUCCGAUAUGGGCUACGUGCCUGAUCUAUGCAGUUGUUUUCGCACAAUCAUCAACUUUCUUUACUAAGCAAGGAGCUACCAUGGACAGAUCAAUUACAAUUGGAUUUGACAUACCUGCUGCUGCACUUCAAUCCUUCAUCAGUUUAACCAUUGUUCUCUUCAUUCCCAUAUAUGACAGGAUUUUUGUACCUUUAGUAAGAGCCAUGACUGGGAGACCCGCUGGAAUUACUUUACUGCAGAGAAUUGGAACUGGGAUGUUUUUGUCUGCUGUAUCCAUGGUGAUUGCUGCUCUAGUUGAGAUGGAGAGGCUUAAAAUUGCCCAAGAAUCUGGUCUGGUUGAUAUGCCAAAUGUGACCGUUCCAAUGAGUGUGUGGUGGUUGGUUCCUCAGUAUGUUUUGUUUGGAAUGGCAGAUGUGUUCACCAUGGUUGGUCUUCAAGAGUUCUUUUAUGAUCAGGUCCCAAGUGAAUUAAGGAGUUUGGGUCUCUCACUAUACCUUAGUAUUUUUGGUGUUGGAAAUUUUCUGAGUAGUUUUCUUGUCUCUGCCAUUGACAAGGCAACUGGUACAGAUGGUCACUAUAGCUGGUUUGCUAAUAAUCUGAAUCACGCACAUCUGGAUUAUUUCUAUUGGCUCCUUGCCGGACUUAGCAUCAUAGAAUUGGCUGUUUACAUAUAUUUCUCAAAAUCCUACAUUUAUAACAAAGGGAGUAGAUCAUAAAUGCUCUAUUUAGGUUUUUCUCAUUUCUUGUUGUAACCUGUAUGCCAUUCUUGCCUAGGAAAAUAAAAUGUAAGGGCUCUGUCGUAGGUAUUGCCUUCACAUGGAUUGUUGUAUAUUGAAAACAUUUAGAUUUCUUGCAUUGGUGUUGAGGGUGUACUGUCAGAAGAAUUGUCUGCAAAUGUAAAUUGAGCUGAUUAAAUCUCAAGUGUACCAUGUAAAGUUUCUAUCAUUUGUUCAAUUU